UGGAGGCCCGCGGCCCGGAAAGCGGCCCAAGAAGGCCUUCGAGGAGUUAAAAGGCCGCGUGGUCCAUUCGGCAAUGGGGUUUUCUCCAUUUCGGCGGGAAAACCCUAGCCGGCAGUGGCAAUUCGGUGAUUACGCAUUUUGGGGGAGGGGAAGCGGCGGCGUGGGGCGACUGCUCCGCCUCCGCCCUGAGAAGUCUCCCGGAGGCUCGAUUCCCCGGCGGAGGCGUCGGGACGUCGGUGGGUUGCGGAGGCUGGAGCUGGAGGGGCAGCAGCGAGUGCCGGUGCGCCGGCGGAGUGGGGCGAGGGAUUUUGGUUAGUUUUAACCUUUAAGUAAUGAGGAGGUAUUAUCAGCCUGUGCCAAAGAGGACUCUUGAAUGUGGUGCGGGCACACCUACAGGGCUGAAGAAAAGGGCUAAUGUUACCAAGAAGUUUAAUCCAGAUGCCACAACUUCUGAUUUGAAUCGACACAGAUCAAUUGAUGGGUAUCAUGGGGAAACCAAAGACAAGGUUGGUGGAGGUACCAGUGAUCACAGUAAGGGAAGGAAAGGUCUUGAGGAUUUUGGCUAUCAAAGCAAGUCUCAUGAGCUCUCUUCUAACCAUCCAGACAUUGGAAGUGCAUAUAGAAUUUGUUUCAUUGCUUCUUUAGAUUGUGCAAGAUUUCUCCUAAUGCAAGGCAUGGCCUUCAGUGGUCCUGGUCAAUCACCAACCUCCAUAAACAAGGGCAAUCUUCUAGAGUUAAUAGAUUUGUACAAGAAGAGGGAUAAAGAGGUUGAAAGGGCUUUUGAUAUGAACGUCGUUGGAAAUAUUGACAUAACUUCUCCAUUGAUUCAAAAGGGUCUUGCAAAAGCUUGUGCACAAGAGGUCACAGAAGUGAUAAUUGGAGAGAUUGGAGAUGGUAAUUUCACCAUACUUAUUGAUGAUUCUCACGAUAUGGCAGAGAAAUAUCAAAUGGCAGUUUUUGUAAGGUUUGUGAAUAAGAAAGGGAAGGUUAUAGAAAGAUUUCUUGGUCUUGAAUAUCUCACAGAGGAUACACCUGCUGCAUUCAAGGAAACAUUGGUUGGUCUGCUUGCUCAGCAUGGCUUAUCUAUUUCUAAACUACGAGGACAGGGGUAUGAUGGAGCUUCAAACAUGAGAUGUGAAUUUAACGACAUGCAGCUACUGAUACAUAAUGAAAAUCCGUAUGCUUUCUAUGUCCACUGCUUUGCCCACCAGUUGGAAUCUGUGCUUAUUACUGUCUCAAGGUGCUCUUCGUCACUAAUUCAUGAUUUCUUCGUCAGUAUCUCUUUGAUCAUCACCACUACGAUUGAAUCCUGUCAGAUGAUGGAUAAAUCAACUGAAAAGCAUCACCAAACCACUUUGAAUAAGUUGGAGAGUGGUGAGAUACUCUCUGAAGGAAGCAAUCAUAAAGAAAAGAACCUGGCUAGCUUGGGAGGUACAAGAUGGGGAUCAUAUUAUACAACCUUGGGCCGUAUUAACAUGAUGUGGGACUCAGUGUUGGAUGUACUAAUGAUUGUGCAUCAACAUGGGCGUCAACCGUCUCGCGCAGGAGGUUUGAUACAAACAAUGGAGAGCUUUGAAUUUGUAUUCAUUUUGAAGAUGAUGUUAAAGUUGUUUACCAUUACAAAUGAGUUAUCACUUGUGUUGCAAAGGAAGGAUGAAGGCAUUAUUCAGGCUGUGGGACAACUUACAGAUGUGAAAGAAUGUUUGCAAACCUUGAGGAAUAAUGGCUGGGAAUCAUUGUUUGAGGAUGUCAAGAGCUUUUGUGCCACAAAUUGGAUUCCGGUGCCAAAUAUGGAUGAGCAUAUACGAGCUACAGGUCAUUCAAGGCGUGAUGGGGUAACUCUUACUUGAUAUUAUCAUUAUCGUGAUGAUAUUUUCUUUGCUGCUAUCGACUCCAUUAUGACAGAGAUAACUCAUCGUUUUAAUGAUGUUUCUAUGGAGUUACUAGUUCAUUUUUCUUAUCUUGAUCCAAGGAACAACUUCUCUAAGUUUGAUGUGGAAAAGCUUGCUUGGCUUGCUGGGAUUUAUGCUGAAGAUUUCUCCAUAGAUGAUCGUGUAGCUAUAAAACAUGAACUCCAAAACUACAUUCUUUUUAUGAGAAGAAGUAAUGAAUUUACUGCCUGUUAUGACAUUGCAAGUCUAGCUGCUAAGAUGGUUGAAACUGAAACACAUUUCAAAUUUGCAUUGGUAUAUCGCCUCAUCAAGUUGGCACUGCUCUUACCAGUUACAAAAGCAUCAGUUGAAAAAAUAUUUUCAGAAGUGAAUGCUAUCCAUACCGAUUUUUGUGAGCUUAUACCUGAUGAAAUCCUCAAUGACUUUAUGGUGUGUUAUAUUGAGAGAGAGAUAUUUAAAGAACUUGAUAAUGGACCAAUUUUGGAACGUUUUCAAACCAUGAAAAUCUCAGAGAAUGCAAUUGUGCUGUAAUCAUAAUCAGCACCUCACUGGAACUGGCAUUUGCACGCGCAUCUGCAUACGAAGGUGAAAGCGAGUGAACAUAAUAGUUCAUCUUCAAUGCUGAGCAAGGAUCAUUUUGCAGAGCAGAACUGCCUGUUGGUUGCGAAAAGAAAAAGGGAAAUGACUGCUUGGAAGAAUCUCCGUUAUUUUCUUUCUAUGAGGCACUAAAGUGUUUAUCUGAUGUGAACUAUUAUUUUUAAUAAAUGGGAAAUUUCAUUUUCUCAUUAGGAAAUGUUUAAAGUGUUUAGAUGCCGAUCUUAGCAAAAUAUAAUCAGGUUAUGUUUCAUACAUGCCAUUGUUGGAUUCAUGCGUUCUGAAUGUGCAGUCCGAAGUUCUGAAUGUUCAAGUUAAAAGUCACUCCAUCUAUCCAAUUAUUUAAGGCAUACAUGUAUUUGAAAAAUUCAAUCCUUAAGAUUAACCAAUAAUUUGUCAAAUUAUAUGCAUGUUUACUGUCAAAAAAAUGUGUAUCGAUAUAUUUAUGUUUCAAAGUUCUUCCAAAACAAUAGAUUUUGUAGCCAUUGACAAUUAUAUGUUGCAAGAAAAAUUAAUGGCCAAAGUCUAAUUUUGUUGACUAUGAUAGAUCAAAAUAAACCUGAUAGAAUUGGACGGAGGAAGUAUGAUCUCCACUGGUCGAUGCCAGCCUGUGGACUAGAUCAAAUUCAUUCUCUCAGCUGAAGGUCUUUGAAUGUACUAAAGCAGCGUUGAAGAAUAUAUGUUUUUGUAUAUCUUUUCUUCUUGUUACGUGCUCUGUGAAUUUAUGGACAACUUAUUGGCAUUAAAGACUUGAGAUGUUCAUAUUUUAUAUUCUGACAAGUCAGAUGUUCUGAUCAUAUCACCCUGGAGUGUUCUUCAAUCAAAAUAUGUUGUCAUUUUUAACUCUUGAAGUUCCUGUACAUCAUCUGCACUGUUCUAACUGCUACCUCAAGCCAUGACAGUAAUUUGUUUGUUUCUUUUUGAUGUAGAAGUUUUUUGGCAUCAAAUGAUAGAAAUGAAUCAACAGAAUACUCAAGCUGAGCCUGCUCCCAUCUUUUUUAUAGGCCACCUGGACUAUGGCUCAGGGACUUUCACCAUGCUGAACUUUUUGAGGGCUAAAGCAAGCUGGGACAGACCUGGACCAUACAUAGCCCAGGUUGAUUCCUCCCCAGCUCCCGAGUGAGUAAUCAAUUUAUCAUUAUCCAUUUAUCCUUUUAGAACAUUUACUGUCCAUUUUCUCUUGUAAACCCUAUACAUCGUAUUGUUUGUUGCUUUUGUGGUCACACACAGGGAGUUGACUCUGAGCAUAAAUUUUUGGACACUUCUUGCUCUGUAGCUCCCAUGAUUCGGCACAACACGGUAUAUACGCAUUUUCGAAUUUUGUGAUGUGGAUGUGUUUAUAUGCUUGGCCCAAUCAGCUGGACAAGUCUGCCUGGGUAGGUCAUUUGAACCUGAAAUGAUUAAGCUUUACGACCUGCUUGUAAUAGCGGUUUCCAAUAUUGUUGUGGAGUGGCCAUUAGUCCUUAUGAGUUGCUAUUGUGUUGCUGUUAAUGCUGAUUGUGACAAAAAGUGCUCUCUCUUCGGCCUAACAAACCAGAUUAAGGCAAGUAUCAUCUUUUGCAUCGGAUCCUACUCAGCAAAGGAUUGCUUACUCAUUAGUUUGUUUGGUCAAUAUGAAAAGUAUCAAAUUCUAUGGCCACAUAUUUUUUUUUAUAUGGGAAAAAAAUUAAAGAAGCAUUAGGCUUUAAUUUUUGCUGUUAUUUUUACUUUUUUCCUUACUAUGACAUGCAUUUCUUCUGAGUUCAGUCUGUUAUUUAUCCAACACUAGCAUGAGCUGACUAUUGCUAGUGGGAAGCUCAUUUGUUUCUAGGGUUCCUUGAUGUAAUUUCCCGUUUCUUUGGUCAGAAAAAUGUCAGGUUGGAGCAUUCAUUUAUUUUAA